AUGUCCACCACGUUAAUUGGUAUUCUUCAACAACAUUCACCAUCUUCAACCAAUUCUACAUAUAUUCGCAUUGAUAAUGAAAAUGUCAAUUCAAAUAUAUCAUCUGCAUAUCAACAUACGACUUUCCAAUCUACUUCAACUUUUAAUAUUAAAACUCCAUUGUGUGUUGCUGCCAAAGAGAACAGAAAACUUAGAAAAUUAUAUUUGGAUAAGAAAAGAUCCAAUCAUUUGUCCACAACGCCUUCUGUCAUUUCUAAUAUAACUACCAACAUUCAAACACCAACAUCAAACAAGUUUGCAUAUCAUGGUGGUAACAAUCAAAAUGUCACCCCAACUUCUUCAUAUGGAUAUCAACAAACACGUGUUCAAUCUAUUUCCAAUAUUUCUAUCGAUAGUCCAUUAUCAUACAACGCCAAAGACAAACGAAAAGAAAGGAAAAUUUAUUUGGAUAAAAGAAAAUCCAAUCACAUGUCCACCAUACCAAUCGGUAAUAAUGGUCGUCAUCAAGAACGUUUUGAACAUGCUUCUAAUUUUACUACAAGAACUCCGUUGUCCAACAUUUCCAAUGUAAAUGGAGAAUGUUCAGUCUUGUGUCCUCGCAUACCCAUUUUCGACCUAACAUCAGAAGAAGAGUUACGUGAUCAACAAAUCCAUAAACAAUUAACUUUAACUUCAGGUGCCACAAAAGAUUACUUGGACCAUGGUGAUCAGACUUUUGUGUGUAUGAUGUGUCAUGCACAGUUAUGGAGGGAUGAAGCACUUAAAGGCAAUACUUCUGGAAAGAAAACUUCUUUUUCCCUUUGUUGUGGCAAUGGAAAGGUCGAGCUUACUCAACUAAAAGAACCGCCUAAAAAUUAUGAAAAUCUCUUUCGUGAUGUUGAUCCAAAAGGAAAAAAUUUCAUGAAGAACAUUCGUCGAUUCAAUUCGAUUACACAAAAAGAAGGGUGCACAUCAACUUCUCAUUCUUUUGAUGUCGAACUUAUACGCUUUUUGAAGGACAUGUUGGAUUCAACAAAUGAGUUGGUUAAGUGUUAUAGAAUGGUCAGAGAUUGUUUUGAUGAAAAUCCUCAUAUAGAUGUAAAGUUACGUCUUAUAGGAAGAAGGCAACAAGAUGGAAGGAUAUAUAACUUACCUUCUGCUUCUGAAGUUGCUGCUUUAAUUGUUGGUGAUAUUGGUGAUGCAAUUGAUAACAGAGAUAUCAUCGUAACAACUAAAUCAGGAAGUCUACAACGUAUAAACGAAUUACAUCCUUCGUACCUUGCUCUUCAGUACCCACUACUCUUUCCAUAUGGGGAUGAUGGGUUUCUUGCUGACACCACACUUAAUCCCGAAGAUAGGCCCGAUGUCCUUUCCAGAUUAUUCAAAAUCAAGUUGAAUUCUUUGAUUAAAGACUUAAAGAAAAAUGCGUUAUUGGGUCGGGUCCAAGCAGUUGUUUAUACUGUGAAGUUUCAAAAGCGCGGUCUGCCUCAUGCACAUAUAUGUUUAUUCAUGCAUUCUGAUUACAAACUCCCAACUGUUGAACAUAUUGAUCGAGUUAUUUCGGCUGAAAUUCCAAACAAAGAAGAUGAUCCAGAAUUGUAUGCACUUGUCAGUGAGUUUAUGAUGCAUGGUCCAUGUGGUUCUGAUAAUCCUAAAUGCCCAUGCAUGAGUGACAACAAGUGUUCAAAAAAUUUCCCAAAGUCAUUCUUAGAAAAUACCUCAGUCGAUUCAGAUGGUUAUCCUAUAUAUAGGAGACGUAAUGAUGGAUCUUUUGUUGAAAAGUCUGGUGUUAGGUUAGACAACAGAAGUGUCGUUCCAUAUCACAAAGCCCUUUUGAAAAGAUAUCAGGCUCACAUUAAUGUUGAGUGGUGCAAUCAAGCGGCUUCCAUCAAAUAUUUGUUUAAAUAUAUUAACAAGGGUCCUGAUCGGGCUACUGUUGCAGUUGUACAAAACAACGGAGAUGAUAAUGAUGAUGUUUCCGUUGAUGAAAUACAAAACUACUAUGAUUGUAGGUAUUUGUCUGCAUGUGAAGCUUCAUGGCGUAUAUUUGCAUUUGAUGUUCAUUACAGAUAUCCUUCUGUUGUAAGGCUUCCAUUCCAUCUUCCUGGAAAACAAAAUGUUGUAUAUGGAGCAGACGAUGAUAUUGAAGAUGUCCUCAACAAACAAUCUGUUUCUUCUUCGAUGUUCUUAUCUUGGAUGAGCUGUAAUGAACAUAAUGCUGAUGCACGAAAACUUUCUUAUGUUGAGUUUCCUACAAAAUUUGUAUGGAAACAGGAAGAUCGUUGUUGGGAGCCAAGAAAACAAGGGUUUUCUAUUGGGAGAAUUCACACAGUCUCGCCUAAUCUAGGUGAAGCAUAUUUUUUGAGAAUUCUUUUAAAUAAAGUCAAAGGGCCGAAAUCAUUUGAAGAUAUUCGUAAGGUUAAUGGACAAGUUUGUCCUACUUUUAGAGAUGCAUGUUAUGCGCUUGGACUUUUAGAAGAUGAUAGAGAAUAUAUUGAUGCCAUCGAGGAAGCAAGUCACUCAGGAUCUGGUUAUUAUUUACGGUUUCUAUUUGCAACUAUGCUAAAGUCUAAUAGUUUGUCUAGACCAUAUUAUGUCUGGGAAAAUACUUGGCAAUACUUAUCUGAUGGAAUUCUCUACAAUCAACGAAUAAGAUUAAAGACUCCAGGUUUAUCACUUAAUGACGAUCAGAUUAAAAACUUGACGCUAUAUGAGAUUGAAAAAAUUCUACUCCAAAAUAGUUCAAGCAUAAGAGAUUUUGUUGGGAUGCCUUACCCUGAUCAUGAUUUGGUAUCUUCUACAAACAAUCGUUUAAUUACUGAGGAGUUAGAUUUUGAUAUAACGAUUCUAUAA